AAUCGUUUUUUUUUUUUGAAGGACUUCCGGAAAAUAUUUAGAGAUUACCAUUGUUUGAAAAUGAUCGAAAUAUCACUAGACUCUAUGAAUCAACGAAAGAUUUGAUAGCUACCUGAAUACUCUCAUGGAUUUAUUUCUGUGCUACAUUUCCUACAAUGACUGAACAUUGACAUAAAAUUCGAACUGAACCUUGACAUUUCACAGGACACAUGUGUGAAGAGAGUGAGACAGCCUGCAAACCGCACAUCGAGUCGGACCCCAAAGAACAGCCAAAACUUGGUGAGGAAGAUGGCGAGCCAUGUCCUUAUACCGGUUUGACUAAAAGGGAAAUCAAGAUUCUGAAGGGGAGUUGGGCCUUGAUCAAACAUCGUGCGCUCUUACAUGACGACAAGUGUAGCAUUCUAUCUUGGUUUGUGGGGCACGUGCCGAAUUUCAGGGCAAGAAUGGAAGAGAAAUACCCAAAAACACACCCAUUUCAUAAAAAUUUAGUGGAUGACUACAUGAAAACACAUUCAACGAAUGUAUUUUCGACCCUCGAGAAAUUUGUGCAACUGCUCAAUUUUCCAGUCGAGUUAGAAAUGAAAAUGAGAUACGUAGCGAAGGAACAUAUCCUCGCUACCCCGAGUGUUGGGACCGAGUUCCUUAAACAUGUCGAAGCCAACUUUGGUAUUUUCAUUGCCAACUGUCUCUCUUUGGGUGAGGAAAGCCAUAAGGAUGAGAGAGUCCAGCUGUAUGUGAAACUGAUCAGCGUCUACUGCCGGGUGGUAGAGAUGGAGGAGCAGGAGUUCUUGAAAAAGAAAGGAAGAUGUUGCCAUGUCUUGUAAACGUGGCGCCCUAUAAUCACGCCACCAUCUCCAUCAGUUGUUUAGACCCUCGGGAUGGUGCGCCUUUACUCCAGGUGGAGUUUCAAUAAAACAAAGACUUUAUUAUGAUA